CACGGCGAAAGUGCUGCUGGUAUAUAUGCCGCUGAUUGCGACUAUGCAACUUCAGUGUGCACUACCGAAGUCUACCAUGAGCACUCCGCAGGCACUCGUUCUUCUCGUCCUCGUGGCAACGGCAACGUUAGCCACCGAGACGAAGAAGCCAUUAAAGAAGGAGGCCAUCGAUAGCAAGGACGCAAAGAGUAAGAGAGGAUUGGAAUUAAGUUUGGGUCAUGGCUUCGGCGACUUUGGCGGGCACGAAGGACUUGGCGGCGGAUUGGGAGGAGGUCAUGGAGGAGGCUUCGGAGGAGGCGGAUUGGGAGGAGGUCAUGGAGGAGGCUUUGGAGGAGGCGGAUUCGGCGGUGGCGGUGGUUUAGGAGGUGGCGGUGGAUUGGGAGGUGGCGGUGGACUCGGAGGUGGCGAUGGAGGACGCAUAAGUUCUAUAACGAUCCAUCGAGAGGUUCAAGUACCAGUACCUGCACCAUAUCCGGUCGAGAGGAAUGUACCGGUUCCGGUGGCGGUGCCAGUGAAGGUCCCGGUCGAUCGUCCUUAUCCCGUGCACGUGCCUAAACCUUACCCAGUGCCCGUGGAAAAGCAUAUUCCGGUGCCAGUUGAAAAACCGGUACCAGUGCCGUUCAAGAUUCCCGUAAAGGUGCCCGUCAAAGUACCAUACCCGGUGAGCGUACCUGUAAAGGUACCUUUCCCUGUACAAAAGGAAGUACCUUACCCGGUUAAGGUCCCCGUUGUCGUCAAAGAAUCUUAUCCAGUACUCGUCCAAGGAGGAGGAGGAGGAGGAGGUGAUGGUGGUGGCUACGGUGGCGGCUAUGGUGGCGGCCAUGGCUAUGGAGGAGGUGGCUUUGGAGGUCAUGGCUUGGAGAUUUCCGAUUUUGGUGGAUUGCAUCAUCGACGAUGAUAUUCUUGACCAUGACCGUCGAGACCAGUCUACGCCAGCGAUUAUCAUCUUGUAUAUAAUUCUAGUAUUCCCUUUUUCCAAUUCCUUUUGCAUACCAACAGAUGCGCUAUUCCCUCUCUCUCUCUCUCUCUCUCUCUCUCUCUUUCUCUCGUUUUUUUAUUUCUCUAUCUUUCUUUAUUUUUUUUAUACGCGGAAGUCUUUAGAUUAAUUGCGAAAUAAAAUAAAUUAUUUUAUACAGA